UAGAUUUAAAUGAGAAUUUGACUUUUAAUAGGACACAAUGAAGAAAAAAUGAUUCAUGUAGUUGACCCCACGUAGUAAGAUAAAGGCUUGAUGUUGUUGUUUUAAGUUUGGAUUCUUCCUUUCUGUAAUAUUAGAUAUGCUAGUCGUGUACAAUGCCCUUCUUGGCACGAUAAUAGUUUAAUCUAGUUUUCAAUUCCUUUUGUUAGGCUUCUUCCUUUUCUUAGGAUUAGACGUGGAAGUGGUGAAUAAUGCCAUUUGUGACAACAUCCUAGUUUAAUGAAGUUUUCUUUUUCUUUAAAUUAGAAUUUUUUUUUCAUUAGGUUUGAAAGUGUUAGUGGUGGAUAGUGCCCUUUGUGGCACCAUCCUAGUUUUAACUCAGUUUUUUUUCCUUCAUACUUAGGAUUCUUCCUUUCCUUAGAAUUAGGCAUGCUGGUGGGAGAUAAAGCCCUUCGUGGCACUAUUCUAAUUUAAUAUGAUUUUCUUUUCCUUUAGGUUAUGAUUCUUCCUUUCUGUAGGAUUAUACGUUCUAGUCAUGUAUAACACCCUUCGAGGCAUCAUACUAUUUUAAAUCUAGUUUUCUCUUCCUUUUGGUUAGGAUGCUUUCUUUCCUUAGGGUUAGACAUGCUAGUUGUGGAUUAUACCCGUUGUGGCACUAUCCUAGUUUAAUCACAUUAUCUUUUUUCUUUUAGGGUAGGAUUAUUCCUUCCUUAGGAUUAGGCAUGCUAGUGGUGGAUAACGCCCUUUGUAGCACUAUCCUUUUUUAACCUAGUUUUCUUUCCCUUAGAAUAUGAUGUGCUAGUGGUGGUACAAUAUCCUAGUUUAAUGCAUUGUCUUUUCUAUUAGGUUAGGAUUCUUCUUUUCUGUAAGAUUCGAUGUGCUAGUGGUGAAUAACGCCCUUCGUGGCACCAUCCUAAUUUAAUCCAAUUUUCUUUUCCUUUAGGUUAACAAUUUUUCUUUCCUAAGGAUUUGACGCGCAUGUGGUGAAAAACUCCCUUUGUGCCACCAUCAUAAUUUAAUCCAGUUUUUUUCCGUUAGGUUUGGAUUCUUAUUUUUAUUAAAAUUAGAUGUGCUAGUUGUGGAUGAUGUCCAUCUGGGCACCAUUCUAGUUUUAUUCCAAUUUUCUUUUCUUUUAGGUUAGCAUUUUAUCUUUCCUUAGAAUGAUACGUGCUAGUGGUGGAUAAAGCUCUUCGUGGAACCAUCCUAGUUUAAUCUAGUUUAUUUUCCUUUAGGCUUGGAUUCUUUCUUUCCUUAGGAUUCAACGUUUUAGUGGUAGAUAAUUCCCUUCGUGGCCUCAUCAUAGUUUAACCUAGUUUUCAUUUCAUUAAGGUUAGGAUUCUUCCUUUCCUUCGGAUAUGACGUGCUAGUGGUGAAUAAUGCUCUUCGUCUGACCGUCCUAAUUUAAUCUAAUUUUCGUUUCCUUUAAGUUAAUAUUUUUCUUUCCUUAAAAUUAGACAUACUUGUGGUGGAUAACCCUCUUCAUGACACCAUCCUAGUUUUAAGCCAGUUUUUACUUCCUUAAGGUUAGCAUUCUUUUUUUGGGCUGAUGCUACAGGGUUGUCCGGUGAGAUUGCAACUUGUAAGAGCAAAUGCGCCUCUAGAACCACAAGCAAUUGCAUGAAUGAAUUAUUGUCUGGUACUCGGAUACCAAUGCUAUCUAAACCUGGGUUUAGUAACUUGUCUAGAAUGCUGGAAUCAUCUCUCCUUAGACUAGUAAUAGGUUUAGGUAGAAGACCCUUAAGCAAAUCGUAAGGUAAACCAUCCAUAAGGUCUUGUGACAUUCUCCAACUAAAAGCAUCGUUAGGUCUCCUCUCCUAACAUGAAGAGACCAUACUAGAUAGCUGGUAUGGCCUUCGCAACAAGUGAGCCGCCGUUGUCAUCGUUACUUCUGAUCCAAUAGAAAGAACAGUAUAUAGAAAAGGUAUUUUGGAAUGUCAUAAGUAAAGCUCUGAAUAUAUGUCAAGUUAUAGCGGCAUAAUGAGAUCAUGAACUUGUGAUGGUGUGGAUUAAAACUUCUCCAAAACUCAUAAAGUUUUUUAGUCAUAAAGAAAAUCAUAGAACUUUCCAACAUAAAGCAGCUCACAAAGCUUUCCUAACACAUUUCUAUCCUGCAUGCUACAUGUCAUUAAAAUUCCAAGCAAGUUUUUAACCCAAACUCAUGAAAUUGUUCUCAUGCCAAAUAUACAACACUUUGCAAAAAGUUCGAAGUCAUGUCAUUGGAAAGAAGAAGAACGAAGGAUAGUUUGAUACCAAUUUGUUUUCCAAAGGUUUAGAAAUAAGUAUAAUUGCCAACAAGAUAUUCAUAUGCAACUCCAACAAAAAGAAUCUAAAUAUGUUCAUGGUCCAAUCCAACAUCAUCAUUCAAAUAAAACUAAAAUUAGAAAAAUAAUUCAAAGCUACUUCUUUCUUUUUCUUUUUUUUAAAACACAUAAAGCAAAUCCAUCUCGCAUUUGAACAACUCGAUCUCAAAGGUUGAAACACACAUUGAGCAAAACCAUCAUGGGGACGAUUACUAUGAAAGACCCCUGUUUGUGGGAGAAAUAUCGAGCAGCUUUCCUCUAAGAUUUCAGGUGGUUACACUGUUUUCAUGCAUGCAUCUAUAAUUUUCAAUUGGUGGAAUGAUGGUGGAUGGUUUUGUUGUAUAGGAUGUGAGUGAAGUAAGCGAAGUUCCUGAUUAUCAGGUUUUGUGGUUCUUUCUUUCCUCCCAAAAGCUGUUUAUUAUUUAACUUGGAUGAAUAUUUAUGUUUGUUGAUCCGAUCAAAUUCAUUUUGUUUGUAAAGGAGGCUUUUGUGGAUUUCAGCUGUGAUGAAAGCCUUAUUUUUGAGAUGCUCGAUUUCAAAAAAGUGAAGAAGAUGGUUCAAGUGCUGUGUGGUUUUUACAAGACAUCGCUUGUGAACAAGAUGAAGAAGAAAGCAUGCAAGCAGGUCCAAGAGAACUCAGGAAUAAUAGAAGUAGCUGGUUUACAAUAUAGAGAUGCUCUUGUAAUAUAUACAAUAGCAGUUGGUCAAAUGACUAUUUCCAAGGACAUCCAAGGAAUGGAAGCUCCAAAAAGUUUGCGGGAGGCUUUUGCGGAUUCCAGCAGUGAUGAAAGCCUUAUUUUUGAGAUGCUUGAUUUCAAAAAAAGAGAUCGAAGAUGAUGGAAGCACUGUUUGGUUUUUACGGGACAUGGCUCGUGAACAAGAUGCAGAAGAAAGCAUGGUAAGCAGUGUGAUGAUGUUUUUUUUUUGACAUACUUAGAAUACUAUUUGUGCAGACAAUCGUAAUUUUUUUUUCAGAAUUUUCCUUUGAAGAAAUGUGUAUUGGCUUCUUGGAUGCUUUCUUAAUUUUUAUUGACUGUCUAAUGUGUCCUUUAAUGACAUGAAGCAUUUUAGGGAAGCUAAGGAGUGAAAUUUGCUGUAGAACUAUGUGAUUUUUCUUAACAGCAUGUUUUUGUUUUGGUUUGUAUUAUUAAUAUGGUCUGUCUCUAGGGAAGCCUUGGUCCAAUAGGAAUUAGUAAUGCAAGAAAUGUUGUUUUGA